GCGGCCUGCACUAGUGCGCACGCGCGCCGAGACUUGCUGGCCAGAGGUAGUGCUGGCCCGGCGGCGGCAGUUAAAGGAUGUGGCGCGAGUCCUGGAGAGAGCAAUUAACUGAGAAGUCUUGAAAAAGGAGAGUGACUGUUGGGUCUGUGGGGGGAAAAAUGGAGUCCGAAGAGCAAGACGUAGAACAGCCCUUCUGCUUGAGCGUGAAAGGCCUUGUGAAGAUGCUGCGGCUGGCAGUAAAUGUGGCAUCCAUGACCUUUUUCAUCAUCGCACAAGCCCCUGAACCAUACAUCGUUAUCACUGGAUUUGAACUCACCAUUAUUUUCUUUUUCAUAGCUUUGUAUCUAUGCAGACUUGACAAAGUGAUGAGAUGGUUGUUUUGGCCUUUGCUUGAUAUUACCAACUCAAUGGUAGCAACAUUAUUCAUGCUUGUUGUGUCUGUGUUGGCAUUGAUACCAAAACCUUCAACAAUGACAAUCCUUGGAGGCUCAUUGCGUAAGUGCUUAGAACAUAGAACUGUUAUCCAGUGCAGCAACCAGUACUCAUAUGGCCACUGAACACAGGAGAUGGGGUUAGUAUGACUUGAGAUAAGCUCUGAAUAUAAAAUAUGCAUUGAAUUUCAGAGAUUGUGUUAUCUCUGCAAAAGAACAUAGAAUACGUUGCUAAUAACUUAUUAUAGCAAUGAUUUAUAAAGGGAUAAUAGUUUGGAUAUGUUGAGCUAAAUAAAUGUAUUAAAAUAACUUCACUUUUUUCCUCUUUAAAUGAAACUCUUGGAAAUCUUAUGUGGCUCACAAUGGAGACUACGAAUUCCUUCAGGGUGGUCCUGGCCUGGUGCAUGAGGCCCAACUAACCUCAAGUUGCUUAGAGCCUAACACAAGAGAUGAGUGCAGCCAGCAGUGCGUACGCCAUUAAUGGAGGCUGCCCGGCCAGAGGAAGAGACAGAGCUGUAGCUCUCUGGCAGGAGAAUUGCAGUUUGCUCUAUUUCCCUUUAGCUCAAUUGUAUUUUCCUCAGGCCUGUCUAGACUCCUCUGCCUUACAUGGAUGUUGCCCAGCCUUUGAGUGUUCCCUGUGGAGCAUCUUAUCGCUCCCGUCCUACAAAGCUUGUGUCACUACUACAGUCCCCAGGACUUAAUUUGCUGCCAGCACCAACUCUUGACCCGAUCAAGGAUGCUGAUCGAAAAAUCAAACAGCUGACCACUAAAGAGAGAAAUGUUGAUUGGUGGCUGAAUCCAGUCAGUAGAGCUUGAAAGAAUGUGUGCCAGAGCAACUCAGGAGGAAAAGGCAACUUCCCUUCCACCUCAAGGGUGCUUCUACUCACUGCCAUUACCAUUUCUUUUACUGUGGAGAGGUAUGGGGGAAACUUAGCAAUGACCUCUCAAGAGAGUCCCUUCCACUUUCGUGUUGGAUGGUAGCUCGGAGAACAAGCUCUGUACCCUGGCAGGAAAGAAAUCUAGUGGGCAGCUCCCUGGGAAUUUGUGUGACAGAAGCUGAUGGCGGUGUCUCUGU